AUGCUUCGAUACGACGGCCAAGUUGCUAUCAUUACCGGAUCUGGUGCCGGAAUCGGUCGCUGCUAUGCGCUGCUCUUCGCAGAGCGUGGUGCCAAAAUUGUCGUGAACGAUGUCAGCAAAGAAUCUGCAGACUCGGUGGUCAAUGAGAUUAAGGCCAAGAACGGUGUCGCAGUCGCCAACUACGAUUCAGUAACGGACGGUGACAAAGUAGUGGCCACUGCCAUUGAGAGCUUUGGUCGUGUGGAUAUUCUAGUGAAUAAUGCGGGCAUCCUGCGUGACGUGAGCUUCAUCAAGAUGACCAAAGCUCAAUGGAAUCAGGUGCUUGAUGUGCAUCUCCAAGGAACAUUUGCGGUGACCCACGCGGCGUGGCCUCACAUGCGCAAGCAGAAGUACGGUCGUGUGAUCUUGAUCACGUCGGUCAAUGGCCUGUAUGGUCAGUUUGGUCAGACUAACUACAGCUCUGCAAAGGCUGCUAUGACUGGUUUUGGAAAGUCGCUGGCUAAAGAGGGUGCUAGCAGGAAUAUCAAGGUGAACAUUGUUGCCCCCGGUGCCGGCUCAAAGAUGACAGAGACUGUCAUACCCGCAGAUCUCGUGGCAAGGUGGAAGCCCGAGUAUGUAGCGCCUAUGAUUUCCUUUCUGUGCCACGAAUCUGUGCCAUGCUCGGGCAAGAUCUUUGAAAGCGGUGGCGGGUUUGUUGCACAAGUCAAGUACGUUCGCAGCCCCGGCGUGUUUUUGGACUUGGAGAAGGAGAUUACCCCCGAAGCAGUGCAGGCGAAAUUCAGCCAGAUCACGGACUUUACCAACGCAACGGACCCGGACGACGAUGAGAUUUCGCCCCAGCUCAAGCAAGUCCUGAACGCCAAGCUCUAA